CGGGGGCGGGCACCGCGGCGGCCGUGGGCUGACGUGGAGGGUCCGGGUUAGCGGGCGCGCGGGGCUGCGGGAUUGGGGAGCGGCGGGCCGGGCCGGGCCCUCGGGCCCGAAGCGGCGGCGGCGGCGGUAUAAAGCCGGCGACAGGGAGCAUGUAAUGUCGGAAUGCGGAGGCCGCGGCGGCGGCAACAGCAGCAGCAGCAGCGACGACGCCGAGGACGAGGGUGGCGGCGGCGGCGGCCCCGCGGGCUCCGGCUCCCUCAGCCCGGCCCCGGCUGGAGCGUCCUCGGCGGGCCGGCUCCGCCGCGGGCUGCGCGGCGCUUCCCUCAUGGCGCGCCGGCGGCCCGAGCUGCUCUGCGGGGCGGUGGCGCUCGGCUGCGCGCUGCUCAUCGCCCUCAAGUUUACCUGCAGUCGAGCAAAAGAUGUGAUAAUACCAGCAAAGCCACCUGUCAGCUUUUUCUCCUCGAGGUCGCCGGUUCUUGACCUCUUCCAGGGGCAGCUGGACUAUGCGGAGUAUGUUCGCCGGGACUCGGAGGUGGCGCUGCUGUUCUUCUACGCCCCGUGGUGUGGCCAGUCCAUCGCUGCCAGGUCAGAGAUUGAGCAGGCAGCGAGCCAGCUUUCCGACCAGGUGUUGUUUGUGGCAAUUAACUGUUGGUGGAACCAGGGGAAAUGCAGAAAACAGAAGCACUUCUUUUAUUUCCCUGUGAUAUAUCUGUAUCAUCGGAGUUUUGGACCAAUCGAAUACAAAGGCCCCAUGAGUGCUGUUUACAUUGAGAAGUUUGUCCGCCGGGUGAUGAAACCACUUCUCUACAUCCCAUCUCAAUCAGAGUUACUAGAUUUUCUCUCAAACUACGAGCCCGGAGUCCUCGGCUACUUUGAGUUCAGUGGCUCGCCCCAGCCUCCUGGUUACCUGACCUUCUUCACUUCAGCUCUGCACUCGCUAAAGAAAGAUUACCUAGGAACAAUACGAUUUGGGGUUAUCACAAAUAAACAUCUUGCGAAACUGGUAUCCUUAGUACAAUCUGGAAGUGUGUAUUUACAUAGACAUUUCAACACAUCACUUGUCUUUCCCAGGGAGGUGGUCAGCUACACCGCAGAGAACAUCCAUAAGUGGGCCUUAGAAAAUCGAGAGGCGCUCCUCCGAUGGCUGCGGCCACACGGCGGCAAGAGCCUCCUGCUGAACAAUGAACUGAAGAAGGGGCCUGCGCUUCUUGUGUUUGUACCUUUCAAUCCUUUAGCCGAAAGCCACCCUUUAAUAGAUGAGAUCACCGAAGUGGCCUUGGAGUAUAACAACUGUCGUGGGGACCAGGUGGUGGAGCGGCUCCUUCAGCACCUGCGGCGAGUGGACGGCCCGGUGUUCAGGCCUCUGGCGCCUGAGCCCCCCGCGCAGCUGCCGGAGCCAUCGCUGAUCACGGCGUCCCCCUGCUGUAACACCGUGGUGCUGCCCCACUGGCACUCCGUCUCCAGGACCCACAACGUCUGUGAGCUGUGUGUCAAUCAGACCACGGGGGGAGUCCGGCCCAGCUCGGUGGGCAUGCCGCAGUGCAGCUUUUUCGAGAUGGCGGCAGCUCUGGAUUCUUUCUACCUCAAGGAGCAGAUCUUUUAUCACGUGGCGUCGGGCAGCAUCGAGUGCAGCAAUUUUCUGAGUUCCUACAGCCCCUUCAGCUACUACACUGCAUGUUGCAGGACUAUAAACAGGGCCGUGACGGGCUUCAUUGAUGCUGGACACAGUGUCUUUGAAACCCCAACCAUCGCGCUUUCUUCCCUCGAGAAGAAAUGUGAGGCUGACCCCCCAGGCUCCGUUCCUCACAUUGAGGAGAACAGGUAUCUCUUUCCUGAAGUGGACGUGAGUAGCACAGACUUCACAGGCCUGAGCUGCAGAACGAACAAGACCCUGAACAUCUACCUUUUGGAUUCAAAUUUAUUUUGGUUAUAUGCAGAGAGGCUGGGGGCUCCGAGCGCCACUCGGGUGAAGGAGUUUGCCGCAAUUGUUGAUGUGAAAGAAGAGUCUCACUAUAUCUUGGAUCCAAAACAAGCCCUUAGGAAGCUCACCCUAGAGUCUUUUAUUCAAAACUUCAGCGUUCUCUACAGUCCCUUGAAAAGGCAUCUCAUUGGAAGUGACUCUGCCCAGUUCCCUUCUCAGCAUCUAAUCACUGAAGUGACAACUGAUACCUUUUGGGAAGUGGUCCUUCAAAAACAGGACGUUUUGCUGCUUUAUUACGCUCCGUGGUGCGGCUUCUGUCCAUCCCUCAAUCAUGUCUUUAUCCAGCUCGCUCGCCUCCUGCCGACGGAUACAUUCACUGUGGCGAGGAUUGAUGUGUCUCAGAACGACCUUCCUUGGGAAUUUAUGGUUGACCGUCUUCCCACUGUCUUAUUUUUCCCCUGCAACAGAAAGGACCGCAGUGUGAAAUACCCCGAAGACCUUCCCAUCACCCUUCCUAAUCUGCUGAGGUUCAUUCUGCAUUACUCAGACCCCGCUUCCGCCCCCCAGAACUUAGCUAACCCUCCUACCAAAGAGUGUCUUCAGAGUGAGGCAGUCUUCCAGCAGGGGCACAUCUCCCACUUGGAGAGAGAGAUCCGGAAGCUGAGGGCAGAAAUCAGCACCCUGCAGCGGGCGCAGGUGCAGGUGGAGGCCCAGCUGUCCAGCGCGCGCAGGGACGAGCACCGGCUGCUUCGGCAGAAGCAGACCCUGGAGAAGCAGCACAGCCUACUCCAGCGGCACAGCGAGCAGCUGCAGGCCCUGUACGAGCAGAAAACCCUCGAGCUCCAGGAGGUGGCCCGGAAGCUCCAGGAGCUGGCCGACGCCUCGGAGAACCUCCUCACUGAGAACACGUGGCUCAAGAUCCUGGUGGCAACCAUGGAGCGGAAGCUGGAGGGCAAGGACGGAGCCACAGCCCUCUCGGCCCCCCGAGAGGCCACCUCUGACCACCCUGAGCCUCCGGGGCCCCCCCGGCUACCAGGCAGCAGCCUCCCGCCUUCCAACAGCAGCUCCACGCUGGCGUCCGAAAGGAGCAAUGAGAACAGGACAGACUAACUUUUAAAAUACAUGAAGAAAUCAGAGGUGAAAACUGUACAUUGGGAAUAUAUUUAUGCAAAUUUUAUUGAAAUUUAUUGUAAAUAAAGAUUUUCUCAGUGGUCUAGAAAA